GAUGGCUGCUCCGUCUUCGAACUGUUGUGCAUCAAAUUUGAACUACACGCAAUGAUCACCACAAUGUCAUCAAGCUGAUCGUUGACAAUCUUUCCAUUUGCACUAGCUUAGAAAACAACGAAUUAAUAGUACAAUGGCUGAACAUCCUACGAAUGCCGAAACAAUCGCUGAUGCGAAGAUCUCUCCCGGAGACGAUUAUGAAGAGAUUAGAGAACAGGUACGUGACAAGCAGUAAAUGACGAUCCUUGCCUCAGUAUUGACGAGGUGCUGCAAAGAUGCAUUUCGCUCACUUCCCGUUGCGAUGGCCUCAACCAUCGUAAUUUUACCACUUCUAUUAACCUUGCUUAAUUUCAGGACCGUUAUUUGCCGAUAGCGAAUAUCGCCCGAAUAAUGAAGAAUACACUGCCCGAGAACGCGAAAAUUGCGAAGGACUCCAAGGAAACAGUGCAAGAAUGUGUUUCGGAAUUCAUAAGCUUUAUCACAUCGGAAGCAUCGGACAAAUGUCUACAGGAAAAGAGGAAAACAAUAAACGGAGACGAUUUGUUAUGGGCCAUGUCUACCCUUGGAUUCGAUAAGUAUGUAGAGCCUCUCAAGCUGUACUUGAGUAAGUACCGGGAAGCAGUUCGAGGUGACAAACCUGACAAAGCGGCUGCAAGAGCUAGCAGUGCGGGGGUCGACCAGUCUAAGCCGUAGUCUUUUUCAAAACGAAAGCCAGCGAAAAUGGGAAUCCAUCAACGCAAAUUUAUGUUCAAUAUUUGGGAAUGAGGGAAAGAAGCGACAAGGGAAUGCACACACGGACGAUACCCAAUCCCAUUGCUUCGGAGGUCGAGGAGAAUUAGGGAAUGAUCCAUGCAUUUUUUCAGGAAUUCUCGUUUGAGAAACUUGUAGUGCUGACUUGAAAUGAGUUCUUUGGGCUCGUUUAUGGAUGAAAUGCAAGAAAAUACCCAUUGCAUUCAACAUAUCACUUAUCCUGGUUGUCCACACAAACUUGAUAGCUUCAGAAUGCGAUUCCACCACCAAUAUAUCCAAUGAAGUGAACAUUAAUUGUUUUUAUCUCAGCAUUAAUAGGCUAGCGUACAAGGUCUUCUGGGGACCUUCGACUUUGUUCUUCAGCACAGCACCUAAAUGGCUUCCAAAAUCAUGUAAAUAGUACUUCACUAGUAUUACUAGUAGAUAAAAAGCACUUUCUUAU